AGGACUUUUCUGUGUUGGUGCUGAGUAUGUGAAGGGUGUCUUAGUUUUUCCGAUACACUUUCUAUUUCGUAAUUGCACACGUACGUGCCAAGCAUCCAUCGUUUUUCUAUCACGUUGUAAAGAAAAAUGCCGCCAAGCUGCCGUGACAUUCCCGCGCCUCCUCGGAACUUCGUAGGCCUGAGGCUUGCUAUUUUGAGGCCGUUUGCUGCUCUGUCUAUUUCGGGAAAGUGUCUCAGUGUCAAUGGAGAAGAGCAAAAAAAUGUUGAGAACCUCCGUCCCAACCCUUGGUCCCAACGCGCAGGAACGAAAACGGCGUACGACGAGCGACUCGCCCCCCAACAUGGUUUCUUAUGGCUGCGAAAUACAGGACAUACUUGAAAGUUUAUUUCCAUAUUAAUCGAUAGCAAUACGGAUACGAUUGUACUACCUGAUUGUACUACUUGUACUAGUUGAGACACUAUUGCACUUCUUGUACUACUUGAGAAACGAUUGUACUACUUGAUACUUGAUACGUGAUUGUAGUUGUACUGAACAUAACAAUUUCUAGUAGAGAAUUCUUGCCUUCCUCAUUUACAAGUAGAACUGCUCGUUUAGACUUGCACUACACGUUGGAAAAGAAACUAACCAGACCGACGCUUCUCAGCUACUUCUAUUCCGAAACUCUCUUCAUACAUAAAUAAUGUAAAUAUUACUCUCUAACAAUAGAGGCAAGACCUGACGAAGCCUCCUGUUGCUGUGAAGAAAAGUGGGGUCUUGAGGUCGCUGACGUGCUCAUUCGACAUGGAACGCGCACACCAGACGGAAAAAAGCUCCGCAAGUGGGAGAAACUACGGAAAUAUGAAGCGAAAAAGUGUACUCAUCCUCAAAAAAGUAGGCACUUUCUAAGCAGGUUAAAGACCUCUUUUCUUGAGUAUGAGUACACUCUCUCCUGUCAUAGAAAAGAAAAAUGGUCUGAAAUAGUUGGAGGAAAAAGUAGUAGUGUUACAGGUGGGACGAAAAAUGGCAAAGGCACUGGAGGUGCAGUAGAUGAUGGCUCUUAUAUUAUGGUCACAGGCCUUUCUGGAUGUCUCCGGCAUAGCCUUAGGCUUCCUAUGAAAUCCCCAAGGGACGUCGAAGCAUUGGGGACUCAGAUAAGAAGAUGAAAGUGAGCUCUUGCCACGUGCUCAUCUAAAAAUUCCAGCGAACGUCCCUUUACAUCUCUGUACGCCAACACUUCUGCGGCCGUGCUGGUCCCUCGUGGGUGGCAUGAGUUACGAGGCCUCGGGCAACGAUGGCGGAAGCGACUUCGCUGCGACCAGAGUACUAAUGCAAGCGUGCUGCAAGUGUGGGAGACAUCGUUCAAAGUUCGUAGCAUCGCCUCAGGUCGCGCAUUCGAGGCUGGUUUUUUUCAAGACUCAAAGAAGAUGGAUGAAGUUCUUACCCUGCAAGACGGUGCAGAAGAAGGCGAUGACGAGGGGAGUGACAAAAUAAAGGCGAUGAGGAGGGUCAAGAAAGGCGAUGACGAGGGUGGAGAAGGCAAGAAGGAAGCCAAGAAGAAGAAAGACAGCCAAAUGAAAACAGCGACAGCUGACAGCAAGGAACUGUUGGCCUAUGAAGAGAGCCUAUAACUGAAUACGAAGUGCUGCUGCUCUCAAGUGGCUCUCUAAAUAUUUUGUAACAGUAAUAAAUAGCAACAACAUCAACACCAAAUCAUGGCAGAAAAACCCAAACUCCUCGAGCUUCAGUUUUCGAACCAAAUAGGUCUAAUCAACGAAGAAAAACAAGCUCCUAGGGAGUCGACUGCGAGUGAAUGAUGCACGUCUGCGCUUUUUCGAUCUGCACAAGGCAUCCCGGAAAGACGAUGAGGGAAAAGACUUGACAGCGCUCGACGGUUACAGAAUUAUGACGACUUGGCUCACAACAUGUGACUGAGAUAUUAAUACUCAAAAUGGCAGAUCAAUAAGAUAAUUUUGGCUGUGUUCGUGUUUCUAAGACCAAUAAGGGCAAGGACAACCUUUUCGAACAAUCUUCUCUAAAAAAGCAAGUCAAAAAUUUAAAUCCAAAGAAUUGUGGCAGUUGUGGAACUAUGCUAUUAUGGAGCACGCGGUUAUGGGUGGAUCGACCUUGGGCGACGCCUUACUCGGCGAUGGUUGUUAUGUCUACAAAUUUGAGGUCCUAGCUAACUUCAGAAUUUUUUGCUGUUUCCCUUUCUUGUGCUUUUUUCUCGUCUUCUUGUUAUAAUCAAAUAUAGUCCUCUUUUUUGGUAAGCAAUAAUUUCGUACGGCCUGCUGACAAGAAAUGCAGUUCCGCUUAGAAAAAAAUUCGACUUCGGACUUCGGACAUUUGCUGCGAAUUGUUUUCUAAGUAAUUGGUACGAAGGAAGCCACCCCAUCGUUGUGUGAUCGGUUAGAGCUUGUGGCGGAUAUGGCGCAAUUUACCAAAAACGGCAUGGGCGCAGGCGCAACGCUUCACGGCUUUGCCCCUUCAAUGUUAGGAGAAUGGACGCGACUGCUGAGUCAAGUAAUGGAUGUUAUACGAACUUCGUCGUGUUUCAACUUAGUGUUUAUUACUUAGUACGAACGGAAGCGUACUACAACUAAAAGUAUGUUGCUGGGGAGGCUCAAACUCUUAUUAUUUUGCAUGGGGAAAGAAUGUGAAUGGGACAAUCAGGCUCACGCAGCUUCAACAAACCUCUACACAAACUUCUACCCAGGUCGCAGAGAAUGAAGAGGACGAAGGGGGAACCGGUCCUUUCGUGAGAUUUGGUUUUGGCCAUGCGGAAACUGUGCUGCCCCUCAUGGCAUGGCUUGGCGUCUAUCGGGGGACGCCGCCAAAAAUCGAAGAUUAUUUCUUGGCACAACCACCUACUCCUACGGUGGGUACAGUGGAGAAGACCUCAGAAUCAUGUGGAUGUCCGAGUUUUACGCGACUAAAGGAUGAAGUGCGAACCUCUGCCUUAGCGCCAUUCGCGGCUAACGUUGGUUUCCUCAUCUGGAAAAGCUCUGGCGACAGCUCUGCCGAUACUUCCGAGAAGACAUCACCCGAUUUUAAGGAGCUCGAUUUGAUAAUUCAUUUUCAGCAUAGUUUGGUCAUUUCUAUUACACUGCUCACAAAUUCUAUCAGGAUAUCUAUUUUCAGACUUUCAUUCGCUUCAUGUAAUGCUAGUUCAUCGAAGUAGAUGAACCAGCCACAGCCUUUCUAACGCCUUCUGCGUCCAGCUCAUCGUAAACGAGGACGUAGCGAUGCAAUGGUCGUCUCUGGAUGAAGCGAAUAGAUAUCUAGAGGAACGCAGUCAGCUAUUCGCACAUUACGCUUCACAAUUGCCGGUCAACGCAACCAUUACACAGGAAGAGUUGUGAACGAUAAUUUUGGGUUCUGCGCGUGGGAGAAGAGCAACAGCGGCGCCACACGAAAAGAGAAGCGAAAGGAGGUUUUCUACAGGAGUCGAAUGUACGGCUCCUCCGAUAGAUGUAGAUUUGUGGCCGAUUGUACGGUCUUAUGCGCCCCCAGUAUGUAAUUUGGAUCUUAUAUAGGUUAAUUAAUUGAUUGAAAGGGCGGUGGCAUAUAGUCCUAACGCAAAAAAAAAAAUAAAAUCAGACGAGUCUGAAGCGUUGCAUAACAGGAAGACACCAAAGAGAAGCGAAUAAAGUAUCCGAGCGAACGCGGCAGAACCUAAAGAACAGAGACAACAAGCGAAACUUCGUUAGACCAACGGACUAGGCUUUGCUCAUCCCUCAGACAUAGAUGAAGGCUUUCCCUCCAACUCCAAGAGAUUAUUAUGCAGAACCCAUUCC